AAUUAUUUUCAUUUUAAUAAUAUAGACACAAACACAUUUGGAGUGACCAGCACAACACACACUCCCUCUUCUAGUCACCUUCUUCUCUUUUUCCUUUGUGUCACUCUCAGUCAAAUUAAACCUUUUCUUAUCCAAAAUUCCAAAUACAAUAUUAAUAUCAAAAUCUAGAAGUUGCCACCUUGGGAAACCAAGCCACACGUGUCACACACAGAGUUUCUGAAAAGAUCAUUUUUGGUAAUUAACCCAAAAAAAGAAAACCCAUGUCCCACCUUCAAUUCCUUAACCUUCGUACAUACCGUGGGAAUUCACUUAGCUGUCUUCUCCUCAUUGACAGAACACUAUACAACACAACAUCCUGCUAGCUUCACUUCACCAUGUCACUUUCCUUCAUCACACUUGCCACAUCCUCACUCAAUUCAUUUUUCACUCUUUAUAUAUACCAUCUUUCAAUCCUCACUUUCCCUCUCAAAAACACUCACACACAAAACAACAAAAUCAAUACAAAACAACUACCAAGUACUAACUAGUAAUUAACACUUAUCCAAUUCUAAUACACAUACUCUGUUUUUUGCAUACUCUGAUUUUUUUUUUUCUUCCACACUCUGUUUUUUCACAGCAUGUUUACUAUGAAUCAUAUAUCGGAGUCACAUGUUCCAUGUUCAUCUUCAGAGAGGUUUCUUGCUGAAACUAUGCCAAAGAAACCUGCAGGGAGGAAGAAGUUCAGGGAAACCCGCCACCCUGUAUACCGUGGUGUCAGAAAGAGAGAUUCCGGCAAGUGGGUUUGUGAAGUAAGAGAACCUAACAAGAAAACCAGAAUUUGGCUUGGGACAUUUCCUACUCCCGAGAUGGCGGCGCGUGCACACGACGUUGCUGCGAUUGCGCUUAGAGGAAAUUCUGCUUGUCUUAACUUUGCUGACUCUACUUGGAGGUUGCCGGUUCCUGCCACAGCGGAUGCAAGGGAUAUUCAAAAAGCGGCGGCUGAGGCAGCGGAGAAGUUCAGGCCGGAGACUGAGUUUGAGAACAGUGAGGAGAGGAAGGUUUGUGAGAGUUCAACGACGGUGGCGGUGGCGGAGCCAGAGGAAGAAGAACACACAGUGCCGGAGUAUUUAAGAAACAUGGUACUAAUGUCACCGGCACAUUAUUGGGGGAGUGAAUGUGAAUAUGAUAUUGCUGACGUGGAAUUUGGUGGUGAUACUGAUACUGAAGUUUCAUUGUGGAGUUUUUCAAUUUAAUUUAAUUUUUGAAAAAUGCUGAACAUUACUAGUACCAAAUUGAGGAAUAAGAGGGUAUUGUACUUGCCUGAGUAGUAGGAAAUUGUAGGGUAUAGAAGAUCAUAGUCAUACCAAAAAAAUAAAUUUGUAGGGUAGUCUCUUACCAAGAAAAUAAGGAUAGUAUUCGUACUUAUGAUUUUUUUGACUAGUACGGAUACUGUUGAUGGAAGGAGAAAAGAUGUGACAAGAGAUGUUUUUUGUUUUUUUUUUGUGUUGAUAAUUUAUAGGUUAAGUACGUGUACAUUAACUUUAAGAAGCAAGUGUACACAAUCUUUAAGUACGUGUUGAUAAUUUAAUAUAUACUAAUAAUUUUUUUGAAUGUUGAUGUGUUAUUAUAUUGUUUUGUUUU